AUGUCCACACCCAGCUUUAGGGUUUUGGCCCCCACCACACCUCCCCGCGCCUCCCCUCCUUCCUCCCCUUCCCCCCCUUUCCCCCCCCGCGCAACCAGCAUGGAGGACGAUAUGCCCACACCCAGCUUUAGGGCUUUUUCCUCCCCCCCCCUUCUCCUUCAACCCGAUUCCUUCCCCCAUCCCCCCACUCCCCCCGACAUGGCGGGCGAGAUGUCCAGCCCCACCCAGUGGUGCCCUGCCUCAGAUAACGCCUCCCCGCUCAGCCCCGAGCCGCAACCUGGGGGGGCGGGGAAGCGAGCAGGGGAUGGGGGAAAGAGCGGCGGAGUGGUGGAAAACCCCAACGUUCAAACGCUUUCCCCACCCUCUCCAACCCCCCCACCCCCCUCCCCGCUUCUUCCCCCCACCCCCUUCCCCCCCUCUUCGGCGCACCAAUGUCCAGCAGGAGCCGCGGAGUGCCGUCAUCGGGAAGCGCGAGUAGCUCGACUGCUCGCUCCGUGA